ACAGAGAGUAUAAACAUGGGAAGGAAGAAGAAAAAGCAAAUGAAGCCAUGGUGUUGGUACUGUAACAGAGACUUUGACGAUGAAAAGAUUCUCAUUCAGCAUCAGAAGGCCAAACAUUUCAAGUGUCACAUCUGCCAUAAAAAGCUGUACACUGGCCCUGGGCUUGCAAUCCACUGUAUGCAGGUUCAUAAGGAAACUAUCGAUGGAGUUCCUAAUGCAAUACCUGGACGCACAGAUAUAGAGCUGGAAAUAUACGGCAUGGAGGGGAUUCCAGAAAAGGACAUGGAGGAGAGAAGACGAGUCUUGGAACAGAAGACCCAAGACACUCAAAAGAAAAAACAGAAUCAGGAUGACUCUGAUGAGUGUGAUGAGGACGAUGAGCCAGGUCCCUCCUUCCAGCAACCCACUGCUGUUACGCCACAAGCGGGCUUCAUACCUCCGAUGACCCAGCCUGGCAUGCUUCCUGUCUCAGGUGCACCAGGAAUACCACCAGGCAGCUACUCAGGAAUUCCCCCGAUGAUGCCAGGUGUGCCACCCAUGAUUCCAGGGAUGCCCCCCGUACUGCCAGGAAUGCCUCCAGGGAUAAUACCAAUGGGUGGGAUCAUGCCUCCAGGUCCAGGGAUACCUCCAAUGAUACCAGGUGUACCACCAGGCAUGCCUCCUCCUGUGGCUCACCGUCCAGGUAUCACACACAUGGCUCAGGUUGCUGCUGCUUCAAACGUGCUGACUCGACCUACAGUUUCUGCUAUUUCUGCUCCCUCAGCACAGCCUGAUGUCACAAAGCCUCUUUUCCCCAUAGCUGGACAGAGCCAGCUGUCCCCUCACCCUCCCCACUCUACAUCCUCCGACCCCUCAAAGCCCACGUUCCCAGCAUACACUCAGGCCACCAUAGCCGUGUCCAGCCCCAAUGCUGGCAGCAGUACACUCUCCAAACCUCCCUCCACUGUGACCAGUAAGCCUGCCACCCUCACCACCUCCAGUGCAACCAGUAAGUUGAUCCACCCUGAUGAAGAUAUCUCACUGGAAGAGUUGAGAGCUCAGCUGCCAAGGUACCAGCGCAGUAUUCCUCGCCAAGGCCAGACAGCCACUGGCCCCCACACAGUCGGUCCAGUUGGAGGCAUGAUGGCUUCUCAGCAGUCUGGCAUGAGACAACCUUUACCUGGCCAGUACGGUGCUCCACCCCAGGGAAUGCCGGGCUUCAUACCAGGAGGGAUGCCUCCAUACGGACAGGCUCCUCCUGUUGGUCCCUCAGGGUACCAGGGAGCCCCUCCACGGCCACCCAUGGGUGUGAGGCCCCCCGUCAUGUCUCCUGGAGGACGCUUCUAAAGCCCACCUUCCUCUCUUCAAUAGGUUUGGACACUAAACACUUUACUAAUGUCCUCAGCUGCUCGUAGACAAACCAGUCUUGGUGUUGUAGAACCAAAAUGACUGUUUGCUACUGAGCUGCGAGGAAGAGACACUGAGUAAACAAGAAACAAAAGAGCUAUAAAAGCAUCACAGAGCGCAUGGGAAAUAUUUAAACUGUACCUAACAUAGACAUUGUACUGUUUUCAAACCAUCUCUGUUCUGUGGCUUCUUUCUCAUGUUUCAUUCAGGUGUGUAGAAGUGUAGUAGGUUUGGUUCGUAGUGUUGUGAAGGCGCUGGAGUUACAUGGGCAGUACCCACCGUUUAUCAAGGCAAGUUUUCUGUGAAUAUUUCUCUGUUCUUUGUUAAACAGUGAGGCCUUCACAGCACACUGUGCUGUUGGACUUUACGUCCCCAACGUUGUUUGGUGAGGGCUUCAUUUCUCUGUUAAUGCACUCCUUUCUUUUAUGUUUACAGUAAAAAUGAGAACCUAGAAAGAGUAACUAAACCCUCAGACCACUUCAGCUUCAAACCUAUUCACAUGGAUAUUAGUCGAUAAAUUUAAGCCCACAUCUAAUCAUUGGAGUACAAAGUAUUUAAAUCACAGUUUUACAGUGUCAUGUAGAGGAUGCUUUUGUCCAAAGGGACAUAAAUCUGAUAGCAAGUGCAACAUAAGCAAAGAUCUAGACAAGAAGAAACAACAGCAGAGCUUUAAGCCUGAUCGGACAUAAAUUCUGUAUAUUGUGUUGGAAAUAUGAACAAUUACUGCCCUCUUCAAUUUGGCUGACAUUACAUUAGUCUUUCAACUGAUCUGGAGGCAGGAAACACAUGUGUUUCAAGCUUUUGUUACCACAGAGCUCAACAGUGACCACCCACUUUCUUAAGUAAAUUUACUUGUUCAAAUCAGCCACGAUAUUUACUUCAUACUGCUUAUUUCAUUUGGGGGUGAAGGCACCACAUUUUGUUUGAUUUGAUGUGUGAGCUUAUGUUCCCCUUCCAAGAACUGAUAUAAAAUUUUACACCCGUGAUUUCAUAAAAUCACAUUAGAGCCUGUUAGAAAAGAUAGCAGUAUCAAAAAGCUUAGAUGUUAAUUUUCAAAAACCCGAAAAUCACAGAACUGAGUUUUUACAGACUCAAGUUUCGAUCUCUAAACCUACUUUAAAAAGGUUGAUUUCAUGGAUUUGUGUCUCCUAAUGGAGCAUGUAUGGAUGGCUGAUAAUCAGAUCCGCAAAUCAGUAUAGUCUGUAGUGGGGGAUGGUCAGUAGAGGGCGCCACAUCAAUGCCUCCCCACUCUCCUUACAGGAAAAUGAGAAUUCACUUGGAUGAAUAAAAUUUCUGGCUCAGGGCGCAAAGAUCACCGAUCAGCCUUUCAUUGGCUCUAAUUAUAACUUGCACAUAUAAAUUUGCUCCUCUUUUAAUGCAGGAGAUAGGCGCGCCGUGAUCACAGAUAUUGCCAGCAGGUGGCAGCAGAGAGACACGUCCCAUGAGUGGAGAUUCAAAACGCAAGUCAUGCAUGAUGCAGAUAAAUCAGAGCACAGGACUGGACUUCAUUUAAGAGAUACACACCCAUAGGUAUGAUAACAUGUGGUGUUGUUAAGUUUGUAAAGUAAACUGUGCUUUUUCAGUUAGCCUGUGAAUGUUUCAUGAAGCAGCCACCAGUGACAGGCUGUCCGAUGCUGCAGCUGAUGGUAGAAUGUGGUUGCAGUGUGUUUUUCUCUCCCGCCUACCACCACCAGCACACUUUAAAGCCAUUUUUAAACUCACAGGGUUGACACAUCUCAGCUGAAGCUCUGAGGUUUAGCUACUCUUCAAGUAGUUGAAGCUCUAAGUGAAAUGGUAAAUGUAUUGUUGUAAAUCUGUAUUGUAAUAAAAUGUGAUAAAAAUUUAAGACUCUUCUUUGUGGGAAAACAGACGUCAGAAGCAGGUUAGUACUCCAGUGAUGAACUACAUGCUGAUUGUUUUUGUUGUCCUGAAGAUGAAUAUUUAUCAAAUGUGCAUCUCUGCUGUUCAUGUUUAUUGAUGCUGUGUACUCAGCACAGGUAGACUAACCUGUGACUCAGUGAUUUUAUUAGACAGCUGAUGGCUCGCUGAUGGCUGGAGUGCUAAAACUCAGAUCUCUCUCUCCCUGUAGCGAUGCCCUGGUGACUGGCUGAGGCCGUGUCUCAGUGUAGCCCUGUUCAGCCUGAGGCAAGUCUCACCGUUUUCUGUCUCUCAAUCAUUACCAGGGGCCCUCACAGCGAGCACGCUGUUGGAUCUACGCGUCCCCAAACUUGCAGCAAGUUUGGUGAAGGCCCUUGUUUGUGUUGUUGCGUUUAGGCUCCAUGUCUUUGGCAUGUAAGCUCAUGUAGAGUUCAUUCUUUCUCCUCAAGAACUGGUGUGCAAUCAAACCUGUCUGCUCUGUUCUUGAGCGACGAGAGCGUCAAGAAGCUCUGCUUCAUUUGAUACCUUCAUACCUGAGGUAUAGAGCUAUCAAAUGAAACUGUGCUCCUUUAGUUUAUAUAUUUACCUGUCUAAAAGAGCAAACAUUGCUGGAGCGUCAAAUUAAAAUCGUUUGUCUGAGUCAAACAUAAAGACAACACUUUAACAGCUUUUUAUUCUGUAAUGUUUGUUUGCAGGUUUGUGAAAAACAGAUUCCUUCUCAUGUUUGUAAAAUGGCUUUAUGACUGUUUGUUUUAUCAGCUGUCCUCAUUGAUCUUUUGAGUUUAACUUCAUCUUACAUGGAGAAUCUCUGCCUGAACAGGUUAGUUACAGCUGUAAGUACCACUGCAUUCAUGUUUAUCUCUCUCCUGUGUUUGGUUUUCAUAAAUGACAACAGUAUUUACACUUCUAAGGGAUUUCACCACAACAGCAGCCAAUAUUUCACCAUAAUCUUAAAUCAUUACAAUAGAUCAUAUGAGCAGCAUCUUAGCAGCUUUGGUUGCUAAAAUCUUAAAUAUUUACUCUUGGCUCAUUGCACAAGUCGAGUAAAUACAGGCAGAGUCUUCACUGGUAAGUACUGGCUCAUAGCUUCUGUUCAAAUGCUUAUCUGAUUUAUUUUUUCCUUCUGUUCUGCAAAUUUUUGGCUAAAAUGCUCAGAAAAUGCCUAUAAAUCUGCUGAUCAACACACUUUUCCUCCUACUCCUGACUUUUUUGUGAUUUGUCUGAAAACAAUGUGGCACUGGACCAGAGUUAAAGGUUUGGAAGAGGUUAUUUUCUGUUUUUAAGUUAAGACAAACCUUCACCAUAAUCCUAAUAAUCUGUUCCUUAAAACAAGAUUAUAUUUGAGAAAUCUGCACCACAGUCUGAAUGUUUGUUUGUCCUUGAAUAAACCUUUUUCUUAAACUCU